CGUACAUCUAAUUUCAAAGGAAAUUAAUUUUCACUGAGCCUUUUCUGUAAAGAAAGAAGCUUGCUUUGAAACAAAGGAUUUUCACUCGACAGGUUCUCGAGAAGACUGAGCUCCAAUUUGUACGUCUAACCAAAUAAGUAUCGUUUGAACUGCAACAUGCUAAGUCUUCAUUAAUCUUAUUAAUUAUGCUAAACUAUAAGCUACUAAGCUCAUUGAUCCAAACGUCUUGUAAAAACUCUGUAAGCAAAAGACUUUGGAAGUAUUCUUCAAUACAUAAUAUCCUUAACUGCUUUUUGCUCCUUCACUGUAAGAUUCCGAGGAAGAAAUAAAACAAAAAAAAAAGAACUUGUAAUAAUGUACGAGGCCUCCAGCGAAAGUCCUACGAUGAAAAGACACAACUUGAUCGCUUUUGUUUUCUGCCCAUUGCAGAAAAUAGAAAAAACUUAAUCUAAGUCUAAUAUUAGAUUUUAAAAAAUAGGAAUAAUUUGUAUAUCAUCCUGUUAGCUAUAAAUCCCAACGUUUUUUAAAUUUAUAUGAGAAAUUCCUAGCAAUUGCCAUUCUUCUUCGUUUCAUAGGUAUUGCUAGUACCUAAACUUCUCAAAGCCCUUCAACAAAGUCCGCAUCCACAAUGUCCCACAGAACAGCUAACACUGAGGUUAGCUCCAUUCUUUUUGUGAAAAAUUUGUCAUUUAAAAUCACAUCUGAAGAGAUGUAUGAUUUGUUUGGCAGACAUGGACCUAUACGACAAAUUCGAUUAGGAAAUACUGUAGAGACUAGGGGAACCGCUUUCGUAGUGUACGAAAACGUUCAAGAUGCCCUUCGUGCUUGCAAUAAGUUAUCUGGAUAUAACUUUAUGGAUAGAUAUUUGGUUGUUCAUUAUUACAAUCCAGAAAAGGCGAAGACGGACGGUGAAAACGUAAAUGCUCGAUAUACCGCCCUGGAAGAAGUUAAAAAACGCUAUGGCAUUCAAUAAGCCAUAGCAUUUGUAUUUAUGAUGUACUCUAGUUACUCGUGUUUUUUAAUAUAGAUACGGUUCGUCUCGGUUUAUGAUUGGAAUCGCAGUAUUCAUUCCAUUGAAUGCUAAAAUACCUUAAUUACUAACUAAAUAUCCAAAAACCCUUAAUAUUUUUCACGUUACAUACAAGUUUCUAUGUUGUACAUUCUCUUUUACCUUAAUCGUAAUGGGCAAGUUUCCACAAACCAACUCUUCCAGCUUCAUUACCCACGCAGAAUUCACCAUUACGACCAAAGCCUAAACAGCUUACUCGUCCAAGAGGUGUAGAGGCAGUGGGCCAGUUUCUGAAUGCACUGAAACUAGGGACGUGGAAUAGACGUAAAGUAUCCUUCUUACCUCUUGAGCUAAUAGCCAAAACUUGACUAUCCUUGGAAAAUGCCAUUGAAUUAAUGCUGAAAGUGACGUUUUCAAGCGAUGUUAUUUGCUUGAAUCCCUCAUCGUCGCUCGGCGAUUUUAAAUCGUAUACACUGACAAUACCACUCUUACUACCGACUGCAAGAUAUUUGUCAUUUCCAUCCAAACAAAAUCGAGUAGUAGCAACGCCAUCCUGAAUGUGCCAACGCUUUGAAACAGACCUAUUUUCCAAAUUGAAGUGCCAAAUUUCAGCACCAUAGCUUAAUACAAGCAUUUCCUUUCCAUCCGAAGUAAAUGUGACAUCCGAAAUUGUUCCCUCAAUCUUAAAACUUGU